UGAUGCUUUGCUUGAAUGCCUUAAUUUUGGCACAAGGAAUUUUUUCAAGGAAAGUCAUGGGAAUCCUACAGGAUGAGGAGCUGGAUACAGACAUCAAAAGUGAAAACAAAGAGCAGGAUAACACUGUGUUACAGCAUCCUUCUGAAGAAUGCGAAAGCUCUGUUGAACAUCAUUUGAAAACCUAUAACCUUCAGUGUGACGGUGAAGUCAUUUUAAAUGGUUUUAACACUGACAGCAGCACUAACGACCUCCAGGUGAUUAUAGAAAGUCAGAAGAUUAAAACAAGUACACCAGUCUGCAAAACACAGCCUAAACAAGACAUAGUGAAUGAUUUUGUCGAUGAGGAUGACUUUCUAAAGGCAGCGCUGGACAAUAAAUUGCCAAUGAUCAAAAGUUACCUCGCGAGAGGUGCAGAUCCAAACGCCUGUGAUAAUUUCAACCGAACAGCUUUGCACAGAGCUUGCUCACAAGGAAACGUGGAGAUUGUGCAAACCCUGCUGGAAGCUGGUGCUUCAAUUGAAAAUAAGGACAAGCUUCAAGCAACUGAAGUUCACUGGGCUUCUCGUGGUGGCAGUUUGCCUGUGCUAGAAGUGCUACUUAAUCACGGGGCAAAACUGGAUUCCAGAGACAAGCUUCGCAGCACCCCCCUUCAUGUAGCGGUCAGGACAGGACACCACGAAUGUGCUGAACAUCUCAUACACUGUGGUGCAGACAUCAAUGCAAAAGACAUAGAGGGUGACACACCACUACAUGAUGCGGUCCGACUGAAUCGCUUUAAGCUCAUCCAACUUCUUCUGUUGCACGGAGGUGAUUUAAAACUCAAGAACUGUGAGGGAAAGUCACCAAUGGACAUUGUUUGCGAGUGGCAAAAUGGAGCUAAAACUAUCUUUGACAACUUUAAUGAUGGAGGAAAGUAAAUGCAACACUUGACCACAGAAGUUGUGCUUUGGGCACGACACACUCAAAAACCUGCAUUUUUAAAUUGCCUGCAUAUUAUAAUCUGAUAUCGAAGGAAGGUGCUGUAUUCUAUCGAGCCCUGCAUGACAUUGCCUUUUUCAAAACGAAAAGGUAUGCGAGUUUCACAAGAGUUGGAAGCAACGUAGUACUUUAACUUUUUAUUAAAGCUCAGAUAAGGCAGAAAGGAAAGAGAAACUUAAUAGAACAUAAAGCUUCCUCUUCACAUGGAAAUGCAUUGCCUGAAAAAAUUCAGAUUCAGAUUCUAAGUCUAAGCAUGAAUGAUAGACGAUUUUGAUAUUCUAAAUGGUAAAUUAUGACAGAAUGCAUAAUGUGAAGAACUAUUUUGUACUCGUUUAAGUUAUCUGUAAAUUUAGUUUGCAAUUAUAAAGCUUGAUAUAAAUGUCAUUUUUAAAAUAUCUGCAUCAUCUUUUGCCAGAUUUUGAGGAAAAAGAAAUAGAAAAGAAAUAAUAAUUCUAUUUUAAAAAAAAAAAGAAAAAAAAAAAGAAUA